AUGAAUAACACGGUACUAUUCCCCAAGGCCUUUUUCUCGUCACCCCCGAAUCUUAAAGCUCUGGCGGUGCAGUCCAUGGCCACAGCAUUCCGUCAAUACGGUCAUCUACAGGCCGACCUCGAUCCGUUACAGCUACAAUCGCAAUCAACUGUUGCUAGUCUCACCAUUGACAAGUUUCAGCCAUUACUAACUUGUCCGUUAACUACAACAGACUUGGCUGAAGUCGUGUCGGUAUCAGCGGCCAAUGGACAGCAACUUUAUGAUGAAUUGCAUCGUGUCUAUUGCAGUAAAAUCGGAUUUGAAUUCGAGUAUUUGACGUCCAUAGAGGAGAAACAAUGGCUUGCCAAUGCAGCUGAGACGCUGUCAAGCAUUCAAGUAUCACCUGCUGAUUUACGUAAUGCUUACUUCAGUAUGAUGCGUGCCGAUGUGUUUGAAACCUUUAUGGCCAAGAAAUUUGCGUCCUUCAAGAGAUACUCGGGUGAAGGAGCAGAAUCCAUGCUUUCAGCUGUAGAAACGGUACUUCAAGCUUGCACAAUGUCAAAUAUCUCGGACGUCGUAAUUGGCAUGCCACAUCGUGGACGUCUAGCACUGUUGGUUGGGUCACUGAAAUACCCUGCACAUAAAAUCUUUCACAAGGUGCGCGGCAACUCCGAGUUCCCCGACAAUUUUCGUGGUAUUGACGACGUUUCGUCGCACAUUGCCACGACAACCAACAAGAAGUAUCUUGACAAACAGGUACAUGUGUCGCUCGUGCACAACCCUUCGCACCUGGAGAUUAUCAAUGCUGUAGUGGCGGGAAAAGUACGUGCCAAGAACGAUGGUGAUGCCAGCACAAACGCCAUGGCAUUGCUGCUUCACGGUGAUGCGGCGUUUGCUGGACAAGGAUGUGUUUCGGAAGCGCUGGCACUUUCGCAACUACCUGACUUCCAGACUGGUGGAUCCGUGCACAUUGUGGUAAACAACCAGGUAGGCUAUACGACGACGUACCCCGACGCACGUGCCACACGCUAUGCCUCGGAUAUUGUCAAGAGCAUCGAAGCACCGGUGCUGCAUGUUAACGGUGAGAGCAUUGUCGACGUGAUUCGUGCAUGCCGUCUUGCAGUGGCGUAUCGUAACUAUUUCCACAAGGAUAUUGUCAUCGAUUUGAUCACUUUCCGUCGUCAUGGACACAAUGAAGUAGAUGAGCCGCGCUUCACACAGCCUAAGAUGUAUGCACGUGUUGAUCAGGCUGAGCGAUUUCCAAUCAAGUUUGCCCGCGAGUUGGAAGAAGCUGGUCUCGUCUCGCGCACCAGUUUCGAACAGACUGUCGGGCUGUUGAAUGAGCAUCUCGAAAGCGAGCUUAAACUUGUCACGGAUGAGCCUGGAUACGUGCCCAAAGAGAUCGAUGCGUUCAAAGGCAAGUGGUCAACCAUGGCGCAGCCGAAGCCUGAGGAUCUAUACGUUAACGAUGCGACUGGUGUCGAUAUCGACAACCUCAUUCAAGUCGGUCUUGCAUCCGUAGAGCUUCCCGAGCGUAUUCAACCUCAUAGUCGCCUGCAGCGCUCGCAUAUCAACUCGCGUCAGAAGAUGCUGCAGGUGAAAGAUGGAGAAAACCCUGAGGAUCUUCGUGUCGACUGGGCCACAGCUGAGGCCAUGGCGUUUGGCACGCUGAUGCAAGACGGUCACUCGGUACGCCUUGCCGGCCAAGACUGCCGACGCGGCACUUUUAGUCAAAGGCACGCCUCGUUCACGGACCAAAGAACCGAGGAGCGCUACUUCCCACUACAGCACCACUUGCCCAAGAAGUCUGAUAUCGUUGGUAAGCUGAGUGUUGUCAACAGUAAUCUGUCAGAGCUUGCUGUCAUGGGUUACGAGUACGGCUACUCAGUGGAAAGCCCUUACAAUUUAGUAAUCUGGGAAGCUCAGUUCGGUGACUUCUUUAACGGUGCCCAGAUCGUGAUCGAUCAGUUCUUGUCAAGUGCAGAAUCGAAGUGGAUGCGGCAGUCGGGUCUCAUGCUGCUACUGCCUCACGGCAAUGAUGGAGCUGGGCCUGAUCACUCUAGCGGUCGGGUCGAGCGCUUCUUACAACUAGUUGAUACUCCUUCACUAAUCCCACGCUCGUCAGUGGAGGAGUCAAAGAAGCAGCCUGUGUGGAAGCAGCUCCAACACGACACCAACAUGAUUGUAGUGAAUGUGACCACACCGGCCAACUUUUUUCACCUGCUUCGUCGUCAACAGCAACGUACAUUCCGCAAACCCGCAGUCGUAAUGGGGCCCAAGAUGCUGCUACGUCUUCCCGACGCAACAUCGCCACUAUCCAGGAUGGGACCCGGCACCACAUUCCAGCCAGUUCUUCCUGACCCAACAGUCACAGACGCUUCACAGGUCAAAAAUGUCUACUUUUGCUCAGGCAAAUUCUACUACGAGCUUGCAAAGGAGCGUCUUGUACGGAGCAACGAUCCCAAGCGUAUUGCGCUUGUCCGUUUAGAAGAGCUGGCACCGUUUCCCUUUGAGCAGGUUGCCGGUGAACUUGCCAAGUUCAAGAAUGCGAAGAAGUUUGUCUGGGUUCAAGAAGAACCAAUCAAUCAGGGUGCAUGGACGUAUGCCCAAGCGCACAUUGAAAAGUUGCUAGGCAAGAAACAGCAUCUUGAGUACAUUGGUCGUGAAACCCUUGCUGCUCCGGCCGUCGGCUUGUCCAAGCGCUCACAUGAGCAAUUACAGGUGGUGUUGACCGAAGCUUUUGGUCCACAGAAGUAG